CCAUAUACCCUCAAGAAUACUAUGAUGCCCUCUUCGCAUUGAUAUCUUAUAUCAUUACUACACAAACCGGUGGAACGAUGGUUAUAUCAGCCGGAAUCGUUCCAACACUUUUGCAAUUACUUAACAAUAAGAAUUCCCAUCAAUUAAAAAAUGUGACAAAAGCAGUUGGUAUCCUGGACAGUCUCGUCUAUGGAUUCAACACAUCGUUUACUUCAUUUUGUAAUGCUAAUGGUGUCCGUGUAUUAGUUGAUAGAAUUAAGGAAGAAGUUGAUAAUGGCAUACAACUUGUUAAAGACGUUCGAGACAAUCAAAUGGAAGGUAUCACAAUCGCAAAUGCAUCUGCAUCUGCAGGAUCAUCCUCAGAAGUCGGAGAGUCUGUCACUAUUGAAAACGAUAUUUCUCUUCCUUAUGAACGGGCAUCAUUGCUCAAGUCAAUGUUAAAAUUUGUUUUACAUAUGAUGCAAGCCUCUGGUACUGCAGAUGGUCUGCGCAAUCUUAUCGACACUUCACUGCCAGAUUCGUUGAAAAAGGUCUUUGAACAGCCAAAUGUGUUUGGUAGCAGCAUAUAUGCACUAGCCAUCAACUUGAUUGCUACAUUCAUACAUAAUGAGCCUACUUCGCUCCCGAUUAUGCAGGAAGCCAGACUUCCACAAACAUUUUUAAAUUCCAUUUCUAAGGAAAUUCCUGCUUCAGUUGAUGUGAUUCAAUCAAUUCCGAAUGCGUUCGGCGCUAUUUGCUUAAAUGCUCAGGGAAUGGAAAUUUUUAACCAAAUGAGUCCAAUCGAUAAAUUCUUUACUAUUUUUACAUCAGAAGAACACUUGCGUUCGCUUCAGGACUCGGAUGUUGCAUCAGUUCUGGGAACUUCAAUCGACGAAUUGAUGCGGCAUCACCCAAGCUUAAAGCAAAGUAUCAUGAACGCAAUAAUGACCACUCUUCAACGUAUUAUUGAACUCGGUCAUAGCUCAACAAUUAAAGACAGUACAAGUAUAUUGCACGCAGGCAGUGAUGAUGAUCAAGUUAUUAAUUCAGAAAUUUUAGAUGGACCAAUUGACACAAAAAUGACCGACUCUGAUAAUACUAAAUCAGAUGAGAAUAAGACAGAUGAGAAAAAAGAAAAUACAGUUGUAGCGUUCAUUGAAAUUGCAGCACGGUUUUUGGAAGGUCUUUUUCAGACACAAAAUCAUUGUAAAGAAUUUUUAAAACAGGAAAAUGGGCUCAACAUUAUUUUAAAGUUUUAUGCAUUACCAGUUUUACCAUAUGAGUUUGGCUGUUCUCAAGCUUCAUAUUCUCUUUCACAUUUAAUGAGAGUUAUUGCAGAUGUAGAUCCAAAGCGAAGCAUUUCUGCAAUUGUUGGUGCCCUUAAUGAAACACUUCAGGGAGCGACAAAUUUCCUAUCAUACGAAGGAAAAGGCAUUCUCUCUGAAUAUAUUGAUCUAAAAGAAAAUGAUACAACAAAAAUAGAAGAAGCAAACAACACGUUCAGGACCUUAAUUACUCUUCAUGGAUAUGUUGGAUUGCUAUCUGAUGUGUAUUGUACACCAGUAUUUUCACACGGUAAAAGUGCAUCUUCAGUGAUUGAUGCUUUUAUUGGAACUGACAAUGAUGUAUUACCAACGCUCGGAAAACUUCAUCGAGUUUGUGUUUGGGAGAAUGUCAUUCUGAAAUCAACCGUUCCAAAAUCUUG